UAGGGGGCUGGUCACAUGGUGUCGAGGCCCAUUGAAAUUAGUGAGCGGAGCUUGAGGCUGGGAAUCAGUCUGUGGUGGAUGCCAAUGGGAAACAACACGAGCGGGUCCGGGAACAACGCGGGUGUGAACGUAACGGCAUUCAAUAUGAACAGGACCACAGCCCUCAGCCCAGUCGACCAAGAUGACAACUCUGUCCUUUACGAGUUCAAAGCGUUCAACAUCACAUUGAUGUCCCUGGCUUUGUGUAUUCUGAUUAUCACCGGCAUGUACUGCAGCAUUUCCUGUCACAACCGCAGAAGGCUGUCCAAGAGGGCCCACGUGUAUGAGAGUGCCGUGCAGUGCAACACUGCAGUCAGCCCCGUGGACAUCAAAGCAGUUAAGAGAUCCACAAGCAUCAGAAACCCUCUCUCAUACUUCAGACGGCAGGACACACCUAAAGACAACUCCGGGAUCUACUACAUCUACAGUAACCCCCUACCUAUAGGCUUGGAGGACGAGGAAACCGGCCAGAAUACUGCCUCCCGUGGGAUGGAGCGGUACGAGAAGCUAACGUUUCACGACUACGCCAAGGACCCCAAUAAUGGUAUCAUCCUGGACCCACCCAACUUCUACAUGCUGCUGUAGAGCAGGGUGGACCGUUCCACUUCAAAUAGGAUGGGUGGGGUUGUUUUUGCCAUUGUUUGGUUCAGGUUUGGAGGAAUACACACGCAGUGUAACGUUUGGGAAAUAACAUGAAAUGGUUGAAAGGAGAAAGUUAUUUCAAGAACAUAUUUCUUUUUACACUUGAUUUUUAUUGAAUCGUCAUAAAACAGUUGAGAAAUGAAUGAUGUGCUUUACAAAAGAAGCUUAGCGUGAAAUAAACAGACCAGAGAGUGCCAUAGCGAUAGAGAGUAAAAGCUUCUCAGAGGAAGAAGAUAAAAGUAAAACUUAUCAUCACUGCUGAGAUGAGCAACCGAUCAAUCUUGGUCUGUGACAAUAGAAUUGUAUGUUAGUUUAUGAGAGUCCGUCACGUAAUACCAUUCACACAAUUGGCUGGGUUUCCCUGACGAGCCAAUCCAGAGCUUCCUUUCGUCCCUGCCUCUCCAGCUCCGCCCCAACUGUCUCCCGGCACUGUCUGUGGUACUCGUUUACCCAAUCACGCUGCGGAAGACAAAAGAUUGUGUCACACACACAAAGUGACAACAAACCAAACGGCAAACGUGUUAUGAAUCCUAUGAAUUCCUUUAUUUUAAGGCAAUGUGUGGACAUUACCACAAACGUGUUCUUUCCGUCAUGUAGCAAACUUGAAACGGUUGAAAAUUUCAUUUUUGUCUACAUUCCUUCAACACGAACAACCAACCUUCCCACCCGAGUUUCAAGGGUUACAAUGACCUCCUUUCAAUUAGAAAUGAAUCAAUGUUGCAUUUCAGUAAAAAAUAAACCAAUGGCUCUCCUUAA